CCAUUCCAGGGUUGCUCGCCACCAUUAUCUCAUGCUGCGACGUGAAUGUCGCGCUCGUCGUGGGGCCGGUCGACGCUUUCUGGCAUAACAUAUAUUGUUAUUGUUCUGACUCUCACCUUCUUUAUCGGCCUCUCGUGCGCUGCUCUUCUCUCUCAAGCCGUCCGAACCGCUCCCAACAAGAACUGGACACGGAACUUCAAUGCUGUGGUUAUCGGUGCCGCUUAUGCCAUAGUGUUUGCGGUUUCUCUUGCUUUCUGCUUGAACCGGCGGAUUAUUGUGCAUCGGAAGUUGCAGCGUAUCUCAAAGGUCUAUCACACCCUGGGCAAGGCCGAUGUUCCGAAGCCGGUCUACCGCUAUAUCAACCAAGAGUAUGCCCGAGCCUGUCUCGUAGCUUACGAAUCGCAGCCGAAGGGUGGCUCUCAGGAAGGGUGGGGGAAGCCAGGAAGCCAAGUUGGUGAAGUGUGCUUCCGAACCACCCUCCUUCAUACCAUCCGCGAAAUCGACGAGCUUGCCCACGAGGUCAUUCCUCGGCACCCCACAUUACGACCGCAUUCCCGCAUGCUGCACCACUUUCGUUUCAUUCUCCCGCUUCUUCCCCGAGACGAAGAUGAUUUAACGCCUCUCCACUACUACGACUCGGCGAUACAGCUUGUCAGGCACGCCUCAAGGGAACCCAGCGAAGCCGAGUUUAUUCUUGGCUUUGCAGCGGUAAAUGAGCUAAAGAAAGUAUUGAACGAAUGCCGGCUGGAAAUGAUGGAAGGCUCUCUGGAAAAUUUGGUCGACUUGCGGUCUAUUGGGACUAAGUGAAUAAUGUGCCUCUCAUCCUUCGCGUUCACUCAUCGUCUGUCAAACGUUCGUAUAUCCUCCAUUUAGUGUAUCAUAAGCUAUGGUAAUUCACUACUAAUACGCAUCCAUCCGAGCUCCAAAUUCAGAGAAACGCCACAGAGGUGGUGACAAGUAAGGUAACAAAAUACAGAGAGGGCCGCUCAGUGAAGGGUCUCGGCGUAGACCUUCUGCCAGCUGGGACGAACGCACCACGUCUUCCAGUAGGUGAUGACCUUCUCCGGGACAGGGGCGUGCAGCUCCUUCUCCAGAGCCUUGUACCCAUCGGUCUCCUUGUGGCCGCCGGUGAUCCAUGUAACACGGGCGAGCCACGCGGCAACGUGGUAGUCAUCCUCACCGGGCUCAGCGCCACCGAUGAAGCCAGACUCGGGCAGAAUCUGCGGGAGGUCGUUGAGAACGUAGUUGGCGACGUUCUUCCAGUGGUUGAUCGAGAUGGUGUAGAAGUCGUCGGGCGGGGCUUCGCCCUUGUAGAUCUUCAGGAGUCCACCGUUCUUCUCCAGCUUCUGGGCGUACCACUCCUUGUACGGAGUGCCCGCUGGGCUGGCGGAGUACUUCUCAAGAGAAUUCUGGCGGUUGUUAACGAAGGUGAAUGCGAAACCCUCAGAUGCGCUCUUGAGCUCCUCCGCGUUACGCGCGGUGAGGAGGCAGAAGUUCGGGUCCAGCCCAUCCUCAUGGACCCUAGCGAUGAUAUCGGGGUGGCCUGGGGUAACCUUCUUGCCGGAGAGCUCAAUCAAGUAGCGGAUGGCGACAGUGGAGUCGCCGAAGGACUUGCCAUCGGGUGCGAUGAUGGUCGGCAGCGUCCCUGCGGGGUUGAGCUUCAGGAACUCGGGGUCGAAGUUCUCGCCCCCGACGACGUUGUUGGACCGCGCCUCGACAUCAAGGCCGAGCUCUUCGCUGUGGUGGCAUUAGCAAUGGGCUGUGCUAAGAGACUAUGAAAUGCGCUCACAUGGCCAGUUCUGUUACGGCGCCCCAGACGGAGAGUUUGAAGGUGUAGAGGACAGGCUGCGGCGUGAUGUAGUGAGUCUCUGGGCGUUGGAACAUGCUUCUGAGUGAGCUCCAACCUUGGAAGGCAUUGCGGGAGGUUGUGCGGUGGUGGCUUUUGCUUCCUUGGCGUCCUUGGUGUGGGGGAGGUGAGAGCGGAACUUGUUGAAGAAGCUAGGGAGGUGCAUGUAAUGCAAAGGGGGUUGAUGGUAGGAUAGAGAGAGAGAGAGACGAGGUACUGGGCCCCUUUUAUACGGAGGUCUGGGACGACGUAUCGCCGCGCGCGAAGCCGUCAAGGACCUUCCUCGAGUCGCACGUGGAAGAACAUGUCCUCACUAAUCGCUGAACCUAGAUGAAGAAUCUGAAACUUGGGUACCAGCUCCCGAUGGGUGUGAUCUGCUCAGUCAUUCCGCCCUCGACGCGCGAGUCAGCAUGUCACUUGCUAGGGGCUGCAAGCUG